CUCCAGCUGGACAGGAGACCGAGUCGGACACUGACAACUUUGCCAACUAACUGAUAAACCUGCUUAUUUGCAGCAGGAGUCCCAUCUGAGGAUCAUCUCAAUGUCGGUCUCAGUCGCCUCACUGUCCCGUCUGCUCCGAUGCAGCCUGUCCUCGGUGGGCCGGGGCGCCAGCUGCAGCGUCCGGUGGAGCAGCUCUCGUCUGGACGCGGACGGAAGUGGACGUCCAGCCACGUGGGACUCCUUCGGGAUCUGGGAUAACCGGAUAGAGGAGCCCAUCCUGCUGCCUCCCAGCAUCCGCUACGGGACCCCCAUCCCGCAAAUCAGCCUGUCCAGGGUGGGCUGCGCCUCCCACAUCGGCCGCCGGCACGACAACGAGGACCGCUUCCAAGCCAGCAAACUCUCGCAUAACGUACUCUUCUUCGCUCUGUUCGACGGACACGGAGGACCACAGGCCGCAGACUUCUGUCACAAACACAUGGAGCAGCACAUCCGGGGUUGUUUGGAGGUGGAAACAGAUUUACAAGCAGUUUUGUCUAAAGCGUUCCUGCAAGUGGAUGCAGCUUUGGCUGCGGAGCUGCAGAUAUACGGCAACGCCUCCCUCAUGAUGGUAGGCACGACGGCGACGGUGGCGAUGUUACGAGACGGGAUCGAGCUGGUCGUUGGCAGCGUCGGAGACAGUCGAGCUCUGCUGUGCAGGAAGGGAAAAGUGCGCAAACUCACCGACGAUCACACGCCAGAGAGGAAAGAUGAGAAACACAGAAUUCGUCAGAGUGGUGGGUUUGUGACCUGGAAUAGCGUCGGUCAGGCAAACGUUAACGGCCGGUUGGCAAUGACCCGCAGUAUUGGAGACUUCGACCUGAAGAAGAGCGGCGUGAUCGCAGAACCAGAGACCACUCGAACUCUAUUGCAGCACGCUCACGACUCUUUCCUGGUUCUCACCACCGACGGCAUCAACUUCAUCAUGACCAACCAGGAGAUCUGUGACGUCAUCAACCAGUGCCACGACCCCACCGAGGCGGCAAACGUCAUUGCUGAACAGGCUCUGCAGUACGGCUCGGAGGACAACAGCACAGUCAUUGUCGUCCCGUUUGGAGCCUGGGGAAAACAUCAGAACGCCGAAUAUACGUACGACAUGAGCCGAAACUUCGCCUCCAUCGGCCGCUGGUCCUAACGGUGGUCAAAAGAUCAUCUCAACAUGAGAAAAACACUCCCAAUUAACAACCACACCUCAUACUAAACAAAAGUCCAACCGUAUGAACUCCAGUCUGAAGAUCAUGAAAACAACUGUUCUUCUGCAACUUUCCAUCCUAAAAGAGAGUAAGGGUGGUGGAUUAUUAUUUAUUGUUAGGGAACACUCAUUGCGUUAAAUAAUUACGUCAUUCUUUCAUGAAACAUCAGAAGAAUGAAUUCUGUAUAAAUUAUGUCAACAUUGAAUAAGGCCCAUCAAACAAAAGUGAAGCCCUAUGAAACAGAUUAAUGAUUAUAUCAGAUUCAUUAAUUUUCUUUCCAAUAUAAAUCUAGAGCAAAAAGGU